AGGCGGAGUGUCAGGUUGUGGCAGCGUCACACUCUCUCGGUGCUCACCAGUGUCAACACCCAGCACCAAGCACCCGGCUCCCGCCCAGCCUUGCCCUGCCCUGCCCUGCCCUACUUUGCUUCACACCACGCAGCACGCCAACACGGCCUCCUGGGAUACACAUAACUGUCUGUCUCCAGCGAGUGCCCGGUUAUAUGACAAAUCCACUGACUGCUGGCCUAUCCAAGGAUGAUGAUACAGUGUCAGUAGGUGAGGAGCCCACCAACUACCUCAGUUCAGGGGCCAGCAGUGAUCAACUUAGUUUACGUAGGGAGGACCACUUUAGUGCUAACCAGCCUCCUCGGUUACUUGGUGGAGGGCUGCCCUACAGUGCUGAGUGGGCUGAAGUGUGCCGCUGUGUUGGGACACCAGUGAUACAAAACUUGGGCCGCAGCGGAGAAAUGAGGGCCAGCAGGUUCCGAUCAGUUUGCUGGAUGGUCUAUCUCCAGAUUCUACCUGACAACCACACAAAUUGGCUGAAGGUGAUCAGGGAGGAACGUGAAAACUAUGAAACCAUCAGACUGCGGUUAAUGGUGACACCAGGCAGCCACAGUGAUGAGGCACUUGACCCUCUGCUGAACAACCCUCUUUCCCAGGACCAGGAGAGCCCUUGGAAUCAGUACUUUGAGGACUCAGAACUGAAGAAGCUCAUCAGACAGGAUGUGGUGCGCACUUUCCCUGAAGUGGAGUUUUUCCAGUCCACUCGCAUUCGAGAUCUGAUGGUGACAGUCCUCUUCUGCUAUGCCCGCCAGCAUCCUCAGGUUGGCUAUAGACAGGGGAUGCAUGAGGUUCUGGCACCACUGAUCUUUGUACUUCACUGUGACCACCAAGCCCACCAGCAUGCUCACGAGGUUGAUCCAGCUCCGAAUGUGCUUCAGGAGUUAAUGGAUGAAGCUUACCUGGAGCAUGAUGCCUUUGCCUUGUUUGAAGGUGUGAUGAAGGGGCUGGAGCCAUGGUACAUUGUCUUGGAGCAUUCCAUCAAUCCUAACCCUCGCUCCUCCAUGCUCAAUGCCCAGCCAUUUGCACGUCCACAGGAUGUGGGUCCCACCAACCAGUUAGUCCAGAAGCUGACAACCAUCCAUGACACACUGCUGCAGAAGCACGACCCAGCGCUGUACACUCACCUGGCCCGCCUUGAAAUACCACCACAGAUAUAUGGCAUCCGUUGGAUUCGUCUUCUAUUUGGACGAGAAUUUCCUCUGCAGGACCUCCUCAUGGUCUGGGAUGCCAUCUUCUCAGACAUCCAGCCCACAUUUCCCCUGGUGGAUUACCUCACUAUAGCCAUGCUGAUCUUCAUUAGGGAGCCCUUGUUAUCAGGUGAUUAUACAACCUGCCUCAAGUUCUUGAUGCGCUAUCCAGCAGCAGCUGAUGUCCAGUACAUUAUUCAACUUGCUCUCCACCUCCGUAACCCCAAGCAGUACCCCAGGCCACCAGGUUACUCUGGUUUGGCUUCCCUCCACUUGCCCACAGUGGGUGGCCGACCAGAUGUGCAUCGUGGUCCCCAGCAAGCUGCAGCAUCAUCCAGUGUUGCCCGGUCAUCCAGUGUACCACGCACCCAGCAAGGGGCAACACCUAAAACCAGUGAUUCCUCAGAGGAGGCCCUGUCCUAUGGCAGUACAGUGCGAAGACUCUCCUCUCCUAAUGCCUUUACUGAUCCUCUCAAUGCGGCUGUGAUCUUCAGUAACAGUGAAAGCAAAACUAGCAACACACGAACCAGCAGAGGUGAAGGAGGAAGGACCUUAGACAAUAGCAGCAACAAUGUGAGUAGUAGCAAUGUACCUGGCACCAGCAACCGUGCCAGCAUGGUGGUGUCAGGCCUGGUGAGACUUGGAGGCAAGCUUGGCCGUCCCAGGGAGUUACCUGUUUCUCGACACCUCUCCAUCCAGUCUCCCUCUACUCCACCAUCCAGCACAACAACUGAGCACACUGCAUUCAUGACUUCUCAAGUACAAAGUGUUUCAUCAGCAUCAACUAUGAAAGAACUUGCUGUGGUAAGAAGCAAAUCAGUACCAGAAGGAGAGGAGGUGGCACCCUGCAAGCCUGUCAGCACACAGUCCUCUGAAGACAGUGAAGAAGAGAGCUCUGAAAAAAAGCCCUCAACUGAACCAGAGUCAGAGAGUCUCAGUGUUGAAGACUUGUCAGCUGUGUGUCUUGGCUGUGCCAUGAACCUCUCUCAUCACACAGCCACUCUUAAGACAAGACUGGAGCAACUCAAUGUGCAACCAGACAUUACCUUACGUACUGCUCUAGAUGGCAUUUCUGAGGUGAUAGAUACUCUGUCAAGUGUACAAACUCAAGUAAAAACUUCAAGCAGUAGUAGUACUUCCAAUGGACAGAGUGAGGGAACUCCAGCUCUUGGCCAGUCUAGGGCCCAGCCUCAUCCUUCCAUCUCAUGAGUCAUGCUGUAUCAGGAUGGUAGGCAGCAUUAAUCACAUUUCUGUUAGCAUUAUAUUUUUAAAAU